GAUUGUAAGAUCCUCUUCUAAGACGAUAUCCUCAUUCACACGUCUGGCGCCUGGACUGGGAUGUUUGAAGGACAAGCUCUGCUGGAACUGUCAACUAGAGCCGUCAACAUGCCCUUUCAAGAUGGCAGCCUUGAGACUCAAAGAUGAGUGUUCCUAGUAAACUAGGAUCAUACUUAUGGCCUUUUAUGACCUAGCCACAGAAGUCACAGCAUAUCUCUUCCACUACAGUCUGUCGGUGAAAACAGCCACAAGCCUGUCCAGAUUCAAGGAGAGAGAACCUAGAUCUCAUCUAUCAAUGAGAGGAGUGUCACAGAAAUAUGGCCGUCUUUAAAAACCACUACAACAUUAUUUUAUCUGUAAAUAUUUAUUUUAGUUUCUAUUGCUUCUGUAACAAAUUACCACAAAUGUAGAGGCUUAAAACCACUUGAAUUAUUCUCUUACAGUUCUGGAGGUCAAAAGUCUGAAAUGGGCCUCACUAGGCUAAAACCAAGCUGUUAGUGGGGUGGCAAUUGUUUUUGGAGGCUGUAGGAGAGAUUCCAAUUUCUUGCCUUUAUUGGCUUCUAGAGGCUGACCACAUGGAUUGGCUAUAGUGGGCAAUGGAUGGUCCAGUUCUUCUCACAUUGUAUCAGUCUGAUACUGACACUCCCUUAUAAGGAUCCUUGUGAUUAUGCUGGGCUUACUCAGAUACUCCAGGAUAUUCUCCCUAUCUCAAAGUCAGGAUUAGCAACCUUAAUUCCUUCUGGCUGUGUACAGGUCUCAGGGAUUAGGAUGUGGAUAUUCUUUUGGGGGAAAUGUUAUUCUGACUACCACAAUAUUUCAGUAUGUAUCUUUAAAAUAAGGAUUUUAAAACCCGACAUAAUCAAAAUACCAUUACUUAUUUGCCAUCUGUGUAUUCUCCUCAGUCUGUUCAUGUUUUUUGUCCAUUUUCUAACUGGAUGGUACAUUUGCUUACUUUCGAGUUUUGAGAAUUAUUUAUAUAUUCUGAAUACAAGUCCUUUGUCAAUUAAGUGGUUUGCAAUUACUUUUUCCCAGUCUGCAGUUUGUCUUUUCAUUCUCUUGACAAGGGCUUUUUGAAGAGCAAGAUUUUAAAAUUUUGAUGAAAUCUAAUUUGUUGCUUUUUUCUUUUAUGGAUUAUGCAUGCUUUUGGUAUCAAAUGUGAAUUUUUUUUUACCUAGUCCUAGGUCCUAAAAUUAUUUUUUCUAUUUAUUUUAUUGUUAUUUUACUUUAUUUUUUAAGACAGAGUCUGGUUCUCUCACCCAGGCUGGAGUGCCCUGGCGCAAUCUUAGCUCAUAGCAACCUCCACCUCCUGGGCUCAAUUCUUAUUUUUUUCUAAAUGUCAUGUCCUACAUAACACACAUGUCCCAGUUUAUUUGACUUCCCCAACUUUAAUGGGAGUUUGAAUCACCCUGAUCAUGAAGUCUAUGAUCCAUUUUGAGUAAUUUUUGUGGAAGGUGUGAAGUUUACGUUGAGAUUUGUUUUUUGGUCUUUGAUGUCCAAUUGUUCAGGUACUAUUUGUUAAAAAGGCUGUCUUUCCAUUAUUUUUUCCAUAAAUGUUUGGUAGAACUUGCUUAUGAAACCAGCUAGGUAUGAAGAUGUUUUCUAACAAUGGUUUUUAAUUAUUGAUUUAAUUCCUUAGUGGAAAUGAAACCAUUCAUAUUUUCCAUAUCUUCUGGUAACACAUUCUUGUGUCAAUAAAUUAUAUUCCUAAUAAGGGAGAAAAGGGACUAUACUCUAAAGCACUAGCAGAAUUUAGCAAGCAUGUGUCAGCCUGAGCAGGGGAAGUAGACUUGGGUUUGGAUUUUGAGGGUGCUUGAUAAAAGGAGUUGGAAUAUAAGCCUCGAUAAGAGACAACUUACUGACUUGGGAGUAUUCUUUCCGGAUAUAGGCUGUAACUUCCUGAGAAGGACCCCAGGGGUUGGUACAGAUUUGUUGUCAGAAAGGCUCCAGAAGCCUGAGAAAGCAAUGGCUCAUGCCGAGUGAAGUUAAAAUACCCGAAUUGCCAUGACAGAUGGAGAAGGAAGGGAUUAAAAGAGUCAUGGAAGUGGUCAUGCUGGAGUGGAUACAUUACAUGAGGCCAGAAGACUCACCAGAUUAUGUUCCAUGGGAAUGCACUAUUCACCAAAGCCACCAGGACUCCCUGGUGAGAGGAGCACCAGCAUUUCUAAGAAGUUAGUGGUCCCGCCUUCUUUAUAGGCUAGGGCUGAUGGUAAGAGUGGCUGUCACAAAACUUGGCCCAUUGAUAGCUCUUCCUCCUUGAAGCAGUGGGGCCCUCUCUCCUUGAAGCAGUGGAGCUUUCUUGCCUUGAAGCAGUGGAGGCUAGGUAGCAGCAUUUAACAAACAGAAGCCAAGGGGUUCUAAAUAUCAUUAUAGCCAGCAAGGUUGGAGUGACAAUCAAGGGGUCUUGACCCAUGGAGAGUUGUGGCAAUGGUUAAUAGAACAAGCAUCUCUAGAGGGAAGGUGAAGUGGAAAUCUCUGAAACUGCCCCCUUCUCCCAGGAAAAAAGAGUAGAUUAGAAACAAUAUUGCAAUCUAGUGGAGGGGAUGGUGGAGACUAAUGCCACCCUUAAGGAUAUAAAAAAUGCAAGGAAAAUGGUUAUUAUCAUAUCUAUUUAAUUUGCAAGUCUGGCUUCUGCAGAAACUGGAUGGAUCCUAGAGAAUGACUGUAGAACACUGUGAGCUCAACCAGGUAGUAACCUGAUUGCAGCUUCUAUAACCAGGUACUGACACAUGCCAGGUAUUAAGUACAUGUUAUGUACCUAUUGAUUUGGCAAAUGCAUUCUGUCCCAUAACAAGUAGGAAAGAGGAUAAGAAAAAGUUCCCAUUCAUAAGAAUGGAAAAUAUUCAUUUACAGUUUUCCCGUGGACUAUUAACUCUCAUCUUCUGCAUACUAUAGUCUGAAGAGAUCUGAAUUUUCAUGUAUCUCUCAAAACAACACAUUGAUCCAUUACAUUGGUGACAUCAUGUUGAUAGGGCAUGAUAGACAAGAAGUGGCCCUAUGUUGGACACUCUGUAAGACAUAUGUAUUCCAGCUGGGUGCGGUGGCUCAUGCCUGUAAUUCCAGCACUUUGGGAGGCUGAGGCGGGUGGAUCACCUGAGGUCGGGAGUUCAAGACCAGCCUAACCAACAUGGAGAAACCCCAUCUCUACUAAAAAUACAAAAUUAGCCGGGCAUGGUGGCACAUGCCUGUAAUCCCAGCUACACAGGAGGCUGAGGCAGGAGAAUCGCUUGAACCCAGGAGGUGGAGGUUGCCGUGAGCCGAGAUUGCGCCAUUGCACUCCAACCUAGAUGACAAGAGCGAAACUCCAUCUAAAAAACAAAAAGAAAGAAAGAAAGAAAAAGACAAAGAAAAAACGUAUGUAUUCCAUGAGGUGGGAGAUAAAUCUUGUAACUAUUUAUGGACUUGUCAUUUCAGGAAAGGUUUUAUGAGUCCAGUUGUCAGGGGCAUACAGGGAUAUCUCCUUCAAAGUGAAAAACAAAUUAACAUAAUGUAUUAGGACAAGGAUAGGAAAAUAAACCAUUGGAACAGAACAGAAAUUCCAAAAGCAGACCACACAAUCAUUGAAAUCAAUAAACUGAGUAAAGCAGAUUGCCCUCUCUAAUGUGGUGGGCUUCAUUCAAUUAGUUGAAGUUCUGAAUACAACAAAAAGCCUGACCCUCCUGCCUGUAAGAGGGAAUUCCUCUUGCCUGAUUGCCUUCACACUGGGACAUAGGUUUUUCUCCUGCCUUUGAACUUAAACGGAAACAUCAUCUCUUCCUGGGCCUUAAGCCUGCCCAUUCUCAGGUCUUUGAACUCAAACUGGGACUACACUAGCAGCUCUCCUGGGUCUCCAGCUUGCCAGCUCACCCUGCAGAUCUUGGAACUUGUCAGCCUUCAUAAUUAAAUGAGCCAAUUCUCUAAUUUCUUAUUUUUUAUACACACACCAUUGGUUCUGUGUCUCUGGGGAAUCCUGACUUAUACAAUGGUCUUACCAAUGAGUUGCCAAGGUCCAUUGGGUAUUCAUGUGGCAAAAAAUAAAUCUUGAAUCCUUCUUCACACCAAACAUAAAAAUCAACUCCAGAUGGAUUGUAAUUUAAAUAUUAAUGCUAAAACAAUAAAGCUUCUACAAGUUAACAUAGGAGGAUAUCUUUAUUGCCUUAGGAUAGGGGAAGAUUUCUCAUUAGAUCACGAAAGGCCUAACUGUAUAUAAAAGAUUGAAGCAUGUGACUCUCUUAAAAGGAAUAACAAUUGUGAAAAUCCAUUAAAGCAUUCUGCUCUAUCAAAGGAGGCUGUGACCACUCAUUUCUGAGAAAUAUCUGUCAUGUGAAAACAUAAUCACAUGAUUAUGCAUAAUCCUAAGCAUAAUCCCUGGGUGCUUCCAACUCCUGGUCACCCAUCUGGAGAUACAACUUCUCCAUAAGCCCCUCAAUCAACAAGUGAACCACUCGUUUGUGUACCCUAAACCUUUCAAGUAACCAUAGGCAACCCUGGGCUGAGAACUCACAUGACACCACCAUAGUUAGAAUGUGUUGCAUCAGCACCUCCAAUGUUCCCAUGGUCCAGUCUGCCUAUAAAAAGGAGAGACGACAGCUCAUACCCCAGAAGGAGGCCAGGAGUUGUGAGUUUCCAAGCCCCAGCUCACUCUGACCACUUCUCUGCCUGCCCAGCAUCAUGAAGGGCCUUGCAGCUGCCCUCCUUGUCCUCGUCUGCACCAUGGCCCUCUGCUCCUGUGCACAAGUUGGUACCAACAAAGAGCUCUGCUGCCUCAUCUAUACCUCCCGGCAGAUUCCACAAAAGUUCAUAGUUGACUAUUCUGAAACCAGCCCCCAGUGCCCCAAGCCAGGUGUCAUCCUCCUAACCAAGAGAGGCCGGCAGAUCUGUGCUGACCCCAAUAAGAAGUGGGUCCAGAAAUACAUCAGCGACCUGAAGCUGAAUGCCUGAGGGGCCUGGAAGCUGCGAGGACCCAGUGACCUUGGUGGGCCCAGGAGGGAACAGGAGCCUGAGCCAGUGCAAUGACCCUGCCACCCUGGAGGCCACCUCUUCUAAGAGUCCCAUCUGCUAUGCCCAGCCACAUUAACUAACUUUAAUCUUAGUUUAUGCAUCAUAUUUCAUUUUGAAAUUGAUUUCUAUUGUUGAGCUGCAUUAUGAAAUUAGUAUUUUCUCUGACAUCUCAUGACAUUGUCUUUAUCAUCCUUUCCCCUUUCCCUUCAACUCUUCGCACAUUCAAUGCAUGGAUCAAUCAGUGUGAUUAGCUUUCUCAGCAGACAUUGUGCCAUAUGUAUCAAAUGACAAAUCUUUAUUGAAUGGUUUUGCUCAGCACCACCUUUUAAUAUAUUGGCAGUACUUAUUAUAUAAAAGGUAAACCAGCA